UCCUUCCCAAAUCUGCUGGAGGAGCAUGAGCAAGGUAAUAUAAGCGUGUGCAGUGCGAAAAUUGCUCCAAAACCUUUCGGCUUCACCAUGCGAACGUUUUUAGCGAUUGGUCUUUCGGUCAUCCUCCUCGCCCAUGCUUCUGCUUUGGCGACGAACCAAUCUAAGAAUGAAACUGAGAAAGUCGAGGGCCAGUUUGAAGAGUCUGGAAUAAAAGAAUACACGCUGGAAGAACUGUUGGGAGAGGACAAUGUUACAGGCAUUGCGGCGCUCGAAGCCGCGAACGAGAAGCGGGAAAAAAUGAAAGAAGAAGAAAGUUCUGCAACAACGGUGGCCAGCUCAAGUGGACGAAUUUUGGGAGGAACGGCUGUGACGGAAGGACAGCACGCCUACAACGUUCUUGUGGUAACCGUGCCUUACAGUGGCAGCGACAUAACCUGCGGAGGCGCUCUGCUGUCCACCCAGUGGGUGCUAACCGCCGCGCAAUGUGUCGCAGGGGCGUCUUCAAUUACGGUUUAUGCUGGUGCGGUUGGUACGCCAGUAGAUUCAGGCACUUCGAAAUCUGCAACAGCGAAGAUUCAUCCGAAAUUCGUGCGCAAUUUCGCGCUGAACGACAUUGCGCUGCUCAAGACGGCUACUCCGUACACCCUAGGAAGCCUAAUUUCUACAAUUAAACUUUCGACCGCCGGCACCGGUUCAAUGGAAAACGCGCAGCUCAGGACGUUUGGAUUCGGCCCUGAAAACAACGAUGCUGCCAUAGGAGAAACCUUGAAUUUCGUCGACAUGUCGAACGUGAAAAAGGCAACGUGUUUGUCACUCACUGCAGACUUUUUUGUGGUCUAUCCUGCAAACACCGGAUGUUUGAGCACCGCAGUCGCGACAAAAGGAUGGUGUUUUGGUGACACCGGCUCCCCUGUCGUGUACACGAAUGACGGAGACUCAUCGACCAAGGUCUACGGCGUUAAUUCUCAAUUUCUGGGCUGUUCGAGUUCGUAUCCGAGCUCGUACACGCUGGUGGGCCCGUACAUUGCCUGGAUCAAAGCGACGACCAAGCUGACGGUCACUUAAUUCACUGCUGUCGUUUCUGAACAAAAAGGUGUCGGGCUUAUUGUUGCUAAAAAUGCAAAUUGGUGGAAUAUUCAUUUAUUAGUUUCAGAUCUGGCUUUAUGUUUUGCAAUUUUUUGGAUUUUUUAAUAAAAGAUUUAUCAUCAA